AUGGCUUCUCCAGAAAUAGAACAAAAGUUAGCCCCUCUUCGUGCUGCAGUAAAGGAGUACGGUGAUAUAGUUAGAAAACUUAAGGCAGAAGGUGGAGCAAAAGUAGAUAUUGAUAAGGCUGUAAUUGAACUUAAAGCUAGGAAGAGGAUUUUGGAAGAAGCCGAGUUAAGUUUAGCUCCUCCAGAUGCUGCGUUUGACCGAGUAAAACUAGAAGAUCUGCUUAAAAGGCGCUUCUUUUACGAUCAGUCGUUUGCGAUAUACGGAGGAGUGACAGGCUUGUACGAUUUUGGGCCCAUGGGUUGUGCCAUGAAAGCAAAUCUUAUACAGUUAUGGAGAAGACAUUUUGUUUUGGAAGAGGGGAUGUUAGAAGUCGGUUGUUCGAUGCUCACCCCUGAACCAGUUUUGAAGGCUUCUGGACAUGUAGAUAGAUUCUCUGACUGGAUGGUGAAAGACUUAAAGACUGGGGAGUGUUUUAGAGCAGAUCAUUUAAUAAAGAACCACAUUGAAAAGCUACUUCGAGAUAAGAAAACACCUGCUAAAAUGCGAGAUGAAUUUAUGGAUGUGCUGGCAAAGUUAGAUGGCAUGGAUAAUAAAGACAUGCAUAGCGUCAUUACGAAGUACGGUUUCAAGUCUCCUAUAACAGGAAACGACUUAACAGAACCAAUCGCAUUUAAUCUAAUGUUCCCUACUGUUAUCGGACCAACAGGUGAAUUUAAAGCUUAUUUAAGACCGGAAACUGCACAAGGAAUUUUUGUCAACUUUAAACGAUUGUUGGAAUUCAACCAGGGGAAACUUCCAUUUGUUGCUGCUCAGAUAGGUCAUGCAUUUAGGAAUGAGAUUUCUCCACGUCAAGGCUUGAUUAGAGUUCGCGAAUUUGAAAUGUGCGAGAUAGAACACUUUGUGGAUCCAAAUAACAAACAGCAUCCUAAAUUUCCUAAAGUCAGAGACUAUAAAGUAUUGCUGUUUUCUGCCUGUAAUCAAAUGGACGGUAAGUCGGCGCAAGAGACAACUAUAGGAGAUGCAGUUGGGGAGAAAAUAAUCGCCAAUGAAACUCUUGGGUAUUACAUGGCUCGAGUGCAUCAAUUUCUUAUCAAAGUCGGGAUUGACCCAAAUAAACUUCGUUUUCGUCAGCAUUUAUCCAAUGAAAUGGCUCAUUAUGCUUGUGAUUGUUGGGAUGCUGAAGUCUAUACAUCAUACGGAUGGAUCGAAUGCGUUGGAAAUGCUGAUAGGUCUUGUUAUGAUUUGCAGCAGCAUUAUAAGGCUACCGGUGUAAAACUGACGGGCGAAAAGAAACUUCCUGAACCCAAAACAGUAAACGUGGUUGAAGCGAUUCCAAAUAAGUCAGUAAUUGGAAAAGCAUUCAAAGGAGAUGCUAAACUGAUAAUUGGUGCUUUGUCAUCUAUGGAAGAGGCUGAGGUAAAAUCUUUGGAAGAAAAGUUGGCGAAGUCUGGGUUAGUGAUUUUGUAUUUUUCUGGCCAGUACCUGUUCUGUUUGGUUCAUGUAGAAGAAAUUACACCGUCUGUCAUUGAACCCUCAUUUGGAGUGGGACGCAUAAUGUAUGCCAUUUUAGAGCACGCUUUUCGGGAGCGAGAGGGUGAUGAACAGCGUACUUUCUUGGCUCUUCUUCCUCAAAUAGCUCCUAUAAAAUGUUCAAUAUUACCGAUAUCAGCGAAUGUGCGGCUCUUAGCGGUGAUGAGAAAGAAUAAUUAUUUUUUUAAGGAUGACAGCGCUGGAUCGAUUGGGAGGAGAUACGCACGAACGGAUGAGAUAGGAAUUCCAUUUGGCAUUACUGUUGAUUUCGAAUCUGAGGUGGAACCGUGGACUGUUACAUUAAGAUAUGCUUUAACGAUGGAACAAGUGAGAUUGAAUGUAAGCACCAACUUUUCUUUCAUAGCCAGAAAAAAAAUGCGUAAUUGA